GUGCGCCAUCUCUCUUGCUGCGAGUCAGACACGCUGAACAACGUUCGGCAAAAAAGUGCGAUAGCGCAUGAGGUUGUUGUAAGAGAAUAUAAGCUACUGAUGCUGCGUGCUUCCGAUCGACAGUGAAAAGGUAUCCCUAUGAAACUCAGCACCCGAGCUGUGCGAGGGCUCGGUGCAGGAUGCCUCGCCGUAUUCGUCGCACAUCUUGUCUCCAUUUCCGUCGCGCCGGCUCAAGUUGCAGCCGUAUCAACCAGAUCCUCCCAGAGGGAAUCGAAUGAAGCCUACGGGGUCGCCGAGGGUACUUCCAGACGUUUGCGGCGACAAAUCGAUGGCCGCAUUCACGCUCGGCCUGGGUACAAGCUGAUUCGAGUGAAAGCUCCGAAUGGACGUCGGAGAACUACAACGACGACCACCACCCCCCCGCCGGACGACUACUAUUACUAUGAGGUACCAGAAGACGAAGUUCCUGAAACGACGACGACGACCACGAGGAGGCCGGUGAGACAACGCCAAAGAAUACGACAGCCCCAGAGAAUCCAGGCACCGCCGCCGCCAUCCAGGGGCCGUCAGCGAGUUCGGAGACCCCCCCAAGAUUACUAUGAAUACAACGACGUUCCUUCCGUUGAGGAAGAAAGCGAGCCUUAUGGCUACGCAACCCAGAAGCCCCGCUCUCAUAGACCUGUACAUUACGACGACGAAGAAGAAGAUGAACGACCGCGGAAGAAGCCCACCACUUCGACUACAACAACAACCACGACGACGACCACCACUGUAGCCCCAAAACCUACCACGACGCUGUCUCCGGGCUACAAAACCAGACCCGACGGCCGAAUCAUUGACUACUUGGCUGACCCGAACUUCCCUCGUGAGCUCAACGGUGCGGACCUGACCGAAUACCCCUUCUACAUAAGCGUUCCCGACGAUAUAAAGUUCGAUUGCGAUACACACGGCGACGGUUUCUUCGCGUCUAUCGAACACCACUGUCAGCUCUUCCACUACUGCUUCGGCGGGUAUCGCUAUUCGUUCCUUUGUCCGAACUACACUGUCUACGAUCAGACGACGUUUACGUGUCGAUUUAUAAACACGGUUCAAUGCGAUAAGUCGAAACACUACUACAAGCGAAACGACGCUCUCUUCAAAGAGAAGAGCACCACUUCGACGACCACAACCGUCGCACCGCCCACGGUCGCCGCCGAUACGAUUGCCAAAGAAGCAGCUAAAGCACUCAAACGAGCAAAACCAACAAAAUCGAAGAGCACUACGACGACCACGGAAGCACCCGAGGAAGAGUACGAGGAGUACGAGGAAGAGUACGAGGACGAGACGCCAAGCCCUGAGAGCUCGAACCCCAAGCCUUCGCUGUCGUCUUCGACGACGACGACGACAACGACUACCACCACGAGUACAACUUCGAGACCACCUCCCUUGUUAGCCGGACGGAAAGCGAGGUUGAAUCGACUGAAGCUCCAGAAAUCCAAGUCUUGAUUACUGAGCUGAACAUAUGACUCAUCGAUAUUCUUGAACGAGAUAUCUGCUCACGGUCUCACCCCAACGCAAUGCGACAUCAUGCCCCACUCCCCAACCGCGGCCAUUCGAUAGGUAGCGAAGGAAGUCGCGAAAUGCGACAACUCAGGCCCAGAGCUCCCGAUUGCGUGAUAUUUAUUUCCUUCUACAUACCCUUUUAUAUACGAUUUUUUUCAUCAAGUGGAGAGUGAAGCUUGU